AUGCAAGAGCUGACGUCAAUCCGCGUGGGCCCCCGCGAAGGAAACAAUCGUGUGUGGAGCGUAUGUUGGAAUCCAGCCGGGACACUGCUUGCCGCUUGUGGCGAAGACCGCGCUGUUAGAAUAUGGGCAUUUGAUAAAGAUGAUCCAAAGAAUCUGCGCCCGGUCUGCACCCUCAACGACUCGCACAACCGCACGAUUCGCUCGGUGUCCUUCUCGCACUGCGGCCGCUUCCUCGUGUCGUCCAGUUUUGACACAACAAUCGUCGUCUAUGCACGGGAUGAAAGCGGUAGCUGGGAAGAGGCGAACAAGCUCGAGGGGCACGAAAAUGAAGUCAAAGCGGCCGUCUUCUCCCCGUCCGAUCGUUUUCUGGCCACGUGCAGCCGGGAUAAAAGUGUCUGGUUUUGGCAGUUAGAUGAGGAUGACGACUUCUCGGUGACCUCCGUCCUUCAACCCCACACUGGCGAUGUGAAGAGUGUCCUUUGGCACCCACAGGAAGAUAUAGCGCUGUCGCUGAGCUUCGAUGCCUCCAUCCGCUUCUACAAAUACGACGGCGAGGAUUUCGUGACGUUGCAGAAAAUUGAUCAGGCUCACGAAGGCACGGUUUGGGCAGCGGCAUUUGACGCGAAGGGCGAACGCCUCGUCACCGUCGGAGAAGACCGAGUUGUACAGCUAUGGAGCCGCGGGGCGGGCGAAUGGAGAAGCGUCGCCAAAUAUCGGGUGGAUGACUGUCGAUGGCCCCUCUAUACGGUAGAUUGGAAUCCGGUGACUGGCCUCGUUGCCGUCGGCUCUGGCGAUCGGCGGAUACGGUUGUUUGCUGUUGUCAAGGCGGAAGAUGGGAUCGAGAGCAUCCAGCCGAUUUCCUCGUCCGUACACCAUGACGGUGAUGUGAAUUGCGUGAAAUGGCACCCAACCAACCCGUCAAUCCUGGUCUCCGCUUCUGAUGAUGCCACCAUAACCCUGUUUCACGUCGAUCCACCCGCCUACGGACUGCAACGCUACGUCUUCGGUGGCGGUGCAGACCCGGAAAUCCUCGCUUCGCUGCGCAAUAACGAAUCCUUUUGUCCCGUGUUGACGGGAGAGGCUCGCCACGGUGGCGACGAGAUCAAGAAGGAGGAGAAGAAGAAGAAGGAGGAGGAGAAAGAGGAGAAGAACGAAGAAGGAGGAGAAGAAGGGCGCGAAGAGGAAGGGUGCACAAUUACCUACGGUCAAUACGCCCCGUUUGGUGUGGAACGGUCUUACCGGGCAGAAGGCGCUGCACGGUGGACCCCAGCCGCUGGGUGGCUGCACCAGGGCAACUACAUACAAAAGUUUUACUACGAAUACGUGCCCGAUGACAAGAACACCACAGACCCUGAGAACGGAGAGCGCCAGCGCCUUUUCUUCACCCCACUCGGUUCUAUGUCGUCUAUCGUGCCUCCGACCUCUGUCCAGCGCGGGAUGCGUGACGGCGAUUGCUACGGCUACGGACAUAUCACCCGUCCCUACGCACAAAUUUUCCCAACCCCGUCGAUGCAAACGAUCACUCCGGAUGCGGUGCUCUCGCCUGGACAUGAAUCGAAGUACGGACGUCGAGGGCAGCACCACGGCUCUAGCCACAUCCCAUCGCUUCUCGAGGGCAAGGUGCAGCCGAUGAAGAAGGGCCCUUUCAUUCUGCCGAAUCCGCACGACGAGACCAUUCUGCAAGGCCAUCCUGCUUCGGUGCAUCCCACUCGUCGCACACCGAAUCACCAGGAGACCCUGACUGACGAGGAGCGCGAAGAAGCCAUGCGAAAGAAGCGCAAGGAAGAGGCCUUCAAGACGGCCCUCUGUGACGCUUUCCGUAAAACCGGAAAGUGCUCAUACGGCGAUGUGUGCCGCUUUGCUCAUGGCGAACAGGAGCUGCGCCUGCCUUCCGUCCCGCGAGGCAAGACACAUCCGAAGUACAAGACGCAGCUCUGCGACAAGUUUUCGCAAUUCGGAUGGUGCCCCUAUGGACCUCGGUGCCAAUUCAUCCACAAGCUGAAGAAGGGGUUGCCGUUGGUCGAAUACGAUCGCUUGGUGACUGCCGGACAGCUGUCUCCGGCCCACGAUUCCGAGGUGGAACUCUUCGAUCAGUCGCCCGUCAAAGCUGGUUGGCAAGACCUUCGUCUGGAUGUCCCUCCGCCGGCCAUGCUCAAGAACCGUCACGGGCGCAACAUCCGUGAGCGUAGCUCACCUGGUUCGGCCAACCUAUCGCAGUCGUUGUCUUCUCCUGAGGGUCAAUCUGACCAGAUCAAUGCCGAUGUCGUCGAAGGGGCCAAUCGACAGGCUCUCGUGCGCAUGCUGCAAGAAGCAGUCCUCCGCGAAGAGGCCGAAAAGCGUGCCGUUGAACGUCGCGGGCUCGAAGAACGCCGUCGAAUUGCAUUGAAGCUCGGCAUGUCCAGCUCUGCCAUGAAGAAGUUCGAGUCUGCUUCGGAAAUGCAUCCGCAUUCCAUGUACGACAGCGAUGGGUCUAGCCGUCGCCAGAGUUCGCAAGAACCGGAGUUGUCGCUGAUCAACGAAGAGCACGAGCAGUUUGAUGUGAGCCACGACGGCGGCCACUACAUGACGCGGCAUGCUGGGACCACCCCCUUGAUGACCCGGCGCAGCGACAACGGCCAUGGAUGGCAAUCACCGAACAGUCGGGCCAGGCAGCCGCAGCUUCGCGCUAUCACCGAAGACCUCGGCGCAGAAGGAAAUUACCCCAUGGAAGCCCCUCGUUCUUCCAUCGAUUUGCCGAUGUUCUUCGAGUGUGAGGAGCCUGUCGAGUUGCUGGCCCGUCGUCUUUCUACCGCAGAUCUGAACCGUUCUGGCGACCCCUCUCAGCUGGCCCACGAUCUCUUCGACGAACAUGGUCACCUUCGCUUC